UGAUUCAUUUAUUUUACUUUCAAUCCAAAUAAUUCACCUAUAUUUUUCUUUCAACAAGUUGAAAAUUUUCUAACUCCAAAUAAUCCACUUGCAUAUGCUCACUGUUAAUGGUUUUAUAAGUAUUCUUUAUUUUCCUUCUGGGAACAAGUUGUUAUGAUAGUACGUGAAAGGAGAUGCUCUAAUAACAAAGUCAUAAAACAAAUAUAAAAACAGAUUGAUAUCGAAUCCACUUCACCUGCUUCCUCUUUAUAUCUUUCGCUUCAGUUCACAUCAAUACACAAUCCUUCAAAAACCUUGUUCCCUCUCUCUCAUUUCGUUAUCUCUCUGAGUUUCUUGUUCAGAACAACAGCAGCAAUGGAUUCCAAAGAAGCCUCAGUUACCAAUUUUAAUAGACUGAGAGAAGAGGAUGAUGACAACACUGCAGCUAAUGGAGAUCAGAAGAAGGAGCCUGCUUGUUUCUCAUCAGUGAUUCCUGGGUGGUUCUCCGAGAUGAGUCCCAUGUGGCCAGGAGAGGCACACUCUUUGAAAGUUGAGAAAGUUUUGUUUCAAGGGAAAUCAGAUUACCAAGAUGUCAUUGUUUUCCAGUCUGCCACAUAUGGAAAAGUGUUGGUUUUGGAUGGAGUAAUCCAACUUACGGAGAGAGACGAAUGCGCUUAUCAGGAAAUGAUCACUCAUCUUCCUUUGUGCUCUAUUCCUAACCCAAAGAAGGUAUUGGUCAUUGGAGGAGGAGGUGGAGGUGUCCUGCCUGAAGUUGCACGCCAUGCUUCUGUUGAGCAGAUUGACAUGUGUGAAAUUGAUAAAAUGGUGGUCGACGUCUCUAAGCAGUUUUUCCCUAAUGUAGCAAUUAGAUUCGAGGAUCCUCGCGUGAACCUCGUCAUUGGUGAUGGUGUUGCUUUCUUGAAGAAUGCUGUUGAUGGUUCAUAUGAUGCGGUUAUUGUUGACUCAUCAGAUCCAAUCGGUCCUGCAAAGGAGCUGUUUGAGAAACCUUUUUUCCAAUCCGUGGCGAGAGCUCUUCGUCCUGGUGGAGUUGUGUGCACUCAGGCUGAAAGCUUGUGGCUUCACAUGGACAUCAUCGAGGAUAUUGUUUCCAACUGUCGUGACGUCUUCAAGGGUUCAGUAAACUAUGCUUGGACUAGCGUCCCAACAUACCCUAGUGGGGUUAUUGGGUUCAUGCUCUGUUCAACUGAAGGGCCUCAUGUCGACUUCAAAAACCCCGUAAACCCUAUUGAUGACAGCUCCAGCAAAUCAAAUGGACCCUUGAAGUUCUACAACGCUGAGAUUCAUUCAGCUGCAUUCUGCUUACCUUCUUUCGCUAAGAAGGUGAUCGAGUCAAAGGCCACUUGAAAAGAGAAAGAAUUGAGGAUAGGAUCGUAGCACUUAUCAAAAUAAAAUCUUUUUUGUUUUGUUUUCAAGCAUGUUUCUGUGACCACCCAACAAAUGCAAACCACUUUUUUUUCUUUCAGCCACAAUAGCAUCAGUACACAUUACAUAUUAUAAAGCCUGUCUACAAGUCUCAUUUCUUUAUGCCUCUUUACCAUUUAUUUAAAGACUAGAACCUUUGGAGGGAUCUCAGUAGCUGGAGGCCUAGCUUGUUCUACAUCAGCCUUCUUUCUCAAAGGCCUAGCUUUACAAUCAUGGUAACGUACAACACAAGCCAACCAUUUAAGCACAUUCCCAAAACAAAUCAAACCUACAUAGAGACCAGUGUACAACAUUCUGUUUCCAUUUGAAC